AUGGAGAAAGUGGGCUUUAUGCUUUUUUUGGCUAUGAUAUUGUGUUGGGCCACAUUGGCUAAUAGUGUGUCAAGAAAAUCAAUAGAUAGAGAGGCUUCGGAGGAGGAGGAUGACAUUGAUAGGAGACUCAGGCUUCUUAAUAAGCCUGCAGUGAAGAGCAUUCAGAGCGUGGACGGAGAUGUCAUCGACUGUGUUGACAUGCAUAAACAACCAGCCUUCGACCAUCCCGCGCUGAAAAACCAUGUGAUUCAGAUGAAACCCAGCAUUACACUGCCUUCGGAAACCAAAGCAACAAAAAUUAAGUACACAAAACCAGCAAUAUCUCAGACCUGGCAAAAGAGUGGAAGUUGUCCUGAGGGAACUAUUCCCAUCCGACGUAUCCGGCGGCAAGACUUGUUGAGAGCUUCUAGUCUCGAGAAAUUUGGGAAAAUGUAUCAUCCUCAUUCUCAGGACCAAGUGGCAAAUUCAACCCUCGAUGAAAAUGGUCGGAACGUGGUCAUAAAUGGAACCCAAGUCUCUCUUCCUUAUCAAAAAGAUCGUUCUCAAGCAAUCCUUUUGACAGCAGGGUACCACUACAUUGGAGCUUCCGGCGAUAUAAAUGUCUGGAAUCCAAACGUUGAUUUGCCAGAUGACUUCACUACAGCCCAGAUAUGGCUUCUGGCUGGCCCCGGCAAUAAGUUCGAAAGUGUUGAAUCAGGAUGGAUGGUGAACCCAAAGUUAUAUGGAGAUAAGCAAACUCGACUUUUCACGCAUUGGACAGUUGAUGGAAGUGUCGCCACAGGCUGCUUCGAUUUGACUUGUUCUGGGUUCGUUCAAACUAGUACCGAGGUGGCCCUUGGCUCUGCUCUGAGCCCGAUUUCUUCUGAACGGGCACAAUAUCAGAUAUCAGUCGGCAUGUUCAUGGAUCCACACACUUCCAACUGGUGGCUACGCCUCACGAACAACCUGGUCGUCGGGUAUUUUCCAGCAUCUCUUUUCUCUACCUUGAAGACCAGCGCCGUAAUGGUCAAUUGGGGAGGUCAAGUGUACAGUACGAUGGUGAAGAAGUCUCCUCACACCAGAACUGCCAUGGGAAGUGGGAAGUACUCAGAGGCACUCCACGGCCAUGCCUGCUACAUCAACCAUGUUAGGAUUAUGGACUACUCACUUUCACUCAAGUACCCUGGAAUGGUUCAGGUUUACAAUGAUGAAGUGUAUUGCUACAAUGGAAACAACCAUAGAGAUACGCCCGUCGAUGAGCCUGUUUUCUACUUUGGCGGGCCGGGACAAAAUAAUUUCUGUCCAUGA